GUGAAGCGCUGACCUUGUCUAUACAGCGACGCGACCAGUCAUAGAGCGUGCGCGUUAAACACCACUCGCGCCGCGCGCUCAAAACACAACAAAAAUACACCAAACCCAACUCCCACAAUCUUCCGUCACCGCACUAGUCACUGCUAAAAAUACACGCGCUAUUCCCCAAUAAAUACAUCUCUGGAAAUUUGCUCCAAGCCUCCAUUCAGUAACGUUUGAUUCACAUUGGAUUCUAUUCGGAUCCGCUGCGCGCAUGUGCGGAUUUACGCGACCAGUUUUAAAGUGCAUCGUUUCAGUUUUCCGGUUACAAACACCAAGUGUUUAUCAAACGGACGGGUUAUAAUGUGGGAUAGAGAGUGACAACAGGUUACAUCCGUUGAGCAGCCGAAAUCAACCGUCACUCCCAAACAAUAAUCGUUCCAAUGUUUGCUGAAGUUGAAUCACGCUCUCGUUACCUGAACAUGAAGCCUAUAAGAUGCCUCGAUGUUUCAUUCGGGGCACUAGUCUCAAACAGCUCCUGAGACCAACUCCUUCUCUUAAGUUGUUCAUACUUCUAUCAAUAUUCACUUGCACCUACGUGUUCUGGACGCAACAACCUACCGAAAAUGACUUGUUGUACGAUAAAAACCUCACAGAUGAAGCGCUUCAAAAUAUCGCCCAGGAUUCAAGGUACGCGUUUGUUUAUCGGAAGAAGACGCAUCUGCCUAAAGACCUUAAAUACAUUCUGCUGUGGACUCCCGCAGACUACGCCCCGUUCUACUACUUGGGCAAGGGACAGCGCGGAUUCGUUACUAACAACUGUUCGAUGGUCAACUGUUACGUCACUGAUGACAGACAUUUCUUCGGCGGCGACCUCAGCAGGUUUGAUGCUCUAGCCUUUAAUGGACGAAACAUACAGUCCUUAACCCUAAAAGACUUGCCCAAAGAGAGGUCGCCCCACCAGAAAUAUAUUUACUUCAACACAGAAUCAGCUGAUAACUACCCCGUCUGUAAUCAAAUAUUUGACGGAUUUUUCAAUUGGACUGCAACGUACAGACUGGAUUCUGAUAUUAUUUAUCCUUAUAUUUUAAUAAGGAAUAAGACAGGAGACGUUGUGGGACCGAAGUUGAAUAUGGAAUGGGUUGGAAACAUGGAAGAGAUAGACGAGGAACUGGCCAGCAAGUUGCGGAAUAAAAGCAAAGCGGCUGCCUGGUUUGUGUCUCAUUGCUCUAGCAGCAGCCGACGAGAAGAAUUUGUACAUAAGCUUCGAAGAGCUCUACUGGCAUAUGGCUUAAAACUGGACAUCUACGGUGACUGUGGGAUUUUAAAAUGUCCAAGAUCUCAACAAUCCGAAUGCAAUGCGCUGCUCGAAAAAAAAUACCAUUUUUACAUGUCUUUGGAGAACUCAUUUAAUAAGGACUAUGUUACGGAGAAAUUGCUGACGAGUUUACAACACAACCUUGUUCCUAUUGUUUACGCUGGAGCCAAUUUAUCUAGAUUCCUGCCACCUGGUUCCUUCAUAGACGGCCGUGCUUCUAAACCUGAGGCAGUGGCAGGGCUCAUGUAUCGGCUGAUGAAGUCUGAGAAGCUCUACCAGCAGUACUUCAGGUGGAAGAAUUACUACACAUAUCACGAUGCAACCUUUGAGAAUGUCUGCACAGUGUGCCAGGCGUUAAACGAUAAGCAAAAGGUUGAAACUUUUAGUCAGUACAAGAAUUUCAGGGAAUGGUGGAACCCCCUUUAUACCGAGCACUGUAAGUCAUGGAUCCAACGAGUUUUUAAGGCAGACUUGAUAAAUAAGGGAGCAUUUUGACCAUAUAAACAAAAGCCGAUCGCCCUUGCUCAUAACUAAAUCUAUUUAUGUCCAAACUUAGUACUUAAGUAGGCAUUGGUGCUAAUUCCUGUAAACACCAUCUAAUUUUAUUUUAAGUUAUAUCUGUCAUUUUCUUAUUCGCCGAAAAGGAAAGGGACGGGUAUUCGACAAGCAUAAAAUUUAUGGAACACAAAUCUAAAACAACCGUCUAAAAUUUAACACUGGCCAAUAACCCGACAGAAUUAUGUUGACAGCACCAUAUCAAACGGUUUGCAUACCAGCGAGAUGCCUUUUUGAUUCGCCCGGGUUAUCCAUUCAUUUACUCAUUCUUCCUAAAAUUAAGAGCUGUCAGUCAUCCGUCCCUUUCGGUGGAUAAGAAAAUGGCAGGUAUAACUGAAAGUAAAAUUAGGAGGUGUCUGCAGGAAUCGGGACCAUUAUAUUUGAUAAUGACGAUUAUUUGUGCAGGUGUUUAAAGGCCCAGAAAUACCUUAUUUCGGAUUUCAAAUUUAUAUGAAAAGCUGAUAACUAGAUCCAUAAGACUGAUUCGACUAUCAAAACGUGUUCGUUAGUUCCAAAAAAUGUAUAUAUAGGUAUAUCACGAACGCCUUUCAAUAGUCGAAUCGUGCUCCCCGAUAUCAGGGAUCCAAAAUAAAUCUUGAAAUGUAAUGCCGUGUACGGACAAGUGAAAUGUAAAAUGAAAUGAAGAAAAACACACUUAGUAACAAAAUUUCAUACUUAUAACUUAUAAGUAUGUAGAAGGUGGUAAAAAUUGUGGGAUAGGGCAUGAAGGGAACGAUUAUUCUUUCUUCACCUUUGUUUAUUUUACAAGUUUAAUAAUUUUUUUUACGUUUUCUCUUAUUUAAACAACCGUCCGCCAUUUCCCUGUCAUUCCGCAAUUCUCUCUUCUCACUCACUCACUCGUCUCUCUCUCUCUUUCACACACCUUUGCGUAUCGUUUAAUUCUACCUACCAUUCAGUACUGUCUUAAAUUCUUCAUUUCAUUUUACAUUUUGCCUUGUCCGUAGUAGAAGGUAUUUAUAAGGUGUCCAUUUUAAAUGAGAAUUAGCCCUAAUGCGCCUAAAUCUAAAUACCGGCAUUUGAUCAUCAGAUAUUUUAAGUAGAACCUUAACGCCUAAAUAAAACUAAGCUCAAUUCAAUUCCAAUAAAGUAUUAAAAAACAAUAAUUUUAUUGACGUAGUAGCAAAAGUAUUACUAAAUAAAAAUAAAAGAUAAUACUAAAUAAAAGAUAUUAUACUUAUUAAAAAUUAUAUAUAAACAAUUAAGUAAAGCAAUAACUAUCAUGUUGAACAUGUAAAAGUUAGGUUGUUUUGAUAGUGUUUUUUUUUAUUUAUUUAGAAAAGUAAGCAAAAUCAAAUCAUAAUGAUAAUUUAUUUCUUAUUUAUUUAUUAUGAAGAUUGUAUACUAUUAUUAUUCAUAAUAAUUUGAAUUUCACGGCAGCAUUAUUUUAUUGUAAAACAUUUGAAACUUAAGUAUCUUAAGAAACCUAAUGGAUCUGUCAGUCUAUUUUUACUGACUGUCGUAAAUGUACUCCUUAUAAAAAAUAUUCUUUAUUUCUACACAUUUAUUUGAAUGGCCUAGCCACUUUGCGAAUUUACCAUUUUUUGAUAGGUAAGCCAUUUUGAAAUGAUGCAAUUGGUCUUUUGCGCCUAAACCUACUCAGUUUACGUUGGUUGUAUUUCAUUUAAUGUCUCUAAUAAUAGAUUAAUUCGUUAGUUAACCGCUUAAUUGUCAGUUGACGUAGCUGAAAAACAAAUAUCAUUAAACAUUGACGUUUCAACGAUAUGGCCAACUUAAAUUGUCUAUUUCAUGAAAUAUGACCAUUUCAUGAAAUGAUCGAGCACAUCAUGAAAUGAUCAAUUCUAAGAUCUGGCCACGACAUAUACGAGAAAUGAGAUAAUAGGUAAUUCUCACGUUAAAGGUAUACAGCGCAUUCAAUUUUUUUUUUUAGGGAACGUUGUCUGAAAAGGCCCUCUUUGACCAUUUGAUUGAAUAUAGGGUAGAUGGCAACUACGUACAGUCAUGAGCAAUUAUAAUGUACCCACUUUAGGACUCUGUCGCACUAACAUAUUUGACAUUUAGUGAGACGUACAGUUCCAUUUGUCAAAAAAGUUAAUGUGACAUGGUACCAAAGUGUAUACAUAUUAAUGCUCGUGACCGUACAAUAUACUUGUAAUACAUACAUACAUAAACUCACGCCCGUAAUCCCUAAUGGGGUGGGCAGAGCCACAAGCAAUCAAAGACAACUUGCAGCCACUAUAUACUUGUAAUGGGAGGUGAAAAUAAAUAGGUAAAAAGAAUUAUGCAAAUUUUAAUGCUUUUUACCUAAUAAAUUAAAAGGUUAAGUAAAGGCAACAUUGCACAGCGCCAUUUAGAGUUUGUAUCAAAAAAAUUAGUUUUUAUGACGUCAUAAACAUAUUUCCAGAAUCUUUGCUAACGUGGCUAAUGUAUUAAAUAUUGAAGUGUUUCAGUAGUAAGUACUGAUAUUAACUAGGAAUAAGUAUAGUAUUCAGAAAUCAAAAUCAUUUAUUCAACGUAAUUAUCAUGGAUAAACUUGUUGACGGUCAAUGUAACAUUUUUAAAUUUACGUCAUUUCGCAAGGUGUUAUAGCUGAGGAGAAGAAAUGACAAGAAACUGCAACAGCAACACAUCUUUUAAAUCUAAUUUAUCAUUUUUUUAAAUGGCGAAGUAAAUAACAUGCGAUGUGUCCAUUUUCUAGUACCUAUUAUUUCAAGUAUUUAUUAGCACUUUCUAGUAUUAGAUCGUAAAAUAAAUAUUACUUAUAAGUAUGUAUAGUAAAUAUUUAAAAUUAUUUUAUGGUCUGGCUACAAAGCAUCACACAGCGUAACAUAUCAUAAUAAUGUCAAUCGCUUAUAGGUAGGAAAUGGAAAGUGACUUCAGGGUACGUAUUUCAUUAGUUACGGGCACAACCCUAACAUAAGUAACCACUUGCCGUCACAGCCCUAAUAAGCGUCUUGAUGAGGUCAUUGACCUCACAACCCGUAUGAGAGAACAAGAAGCCUUCACACUUACGUUAGUGCAAUGACUAGAGGUACUAUACAUGAAUAAAUUACUUCAUAAUGGUCUAAAGCAGAUCCUUCACCUUGUACUUUGAACCAGACUUAAUAAAUCAAAUAUUUUUCAUUUCACUUCUUAUUGUGCCAAAUUUCCAGUAUUACUAAACAUCUAGAAAUUAGAAAGUAAAAUGAGGAGUCGAAUGUGUAAAGAUAAUGCCCUAACAUAAAUGUACCACUUGCCCUAAUAAUGCCAUAAUAAUUAUAGUUGUAUACUAUUUUUGUGCACUCAUUGUAGGUAUAUUGUAUUCGUAGUUCGCCUUAUAGAGAAAACCGAAUAAAUCAGAUUUUUUAAAAGAUGCAUGUACAGUCAUGAGCAAUAUCAUGUACUCACUUUAAUACCCUCUCGCACUAUCAUAUU